UUUUCCUACGAAGACUAUCAACGAGCAGGCAUGUCAUGUCAUUCAUCCUCUAAAGAUCACCAGGACUGCGAAAGGAAUAUCAUCUUUUUGCUAAAUCACCUAAUUUUUCUGUCAUUUAACCAUUGUGUCUUCAUUGCUGCCAUCCAUGUGAAUAAGCAGAUGCUCUUUGUGGUCAUGAUCAAAAGUUAAAACAACACUCUGUUCCUGGUGGUUCAAGAUUUCCUUGUGAUUACCAACUCCUUUAUUGGCCAAGCUGAUAAUCAAUAACAUAGCCAUGUGUAUACUGAGGUCGUUAGCUGCAGUUUUGUUGGAGUACUGAGAAUCUGAUAUGGAGAUAUCAUUGUGAAGUUGCUUAUGAUGAAUCAUCAACUUGGCCAACAUGGGCCCUCAAGUCCUCUCUUUGAUUUGGUCCAACCAGGAUCCAAGAGCCCACUUGAUGUGGACGUCAAGAACACCAGCAAAUUCUUUGAGACAGAUGCCAGGCACAGAGGUCCAGAUUCCUUCCAGUUCCAGUCGCGGAUGCGAUCCCGUUCAACGACGGAAAACAGCAGCUGCGUGCCCCACAAUCACGAAGAUACCCUGGGAACACGGCAGAUGGAAGUGGCUUCCGCAUCUCUGUCGGGAAGUCUGCCAAACUCCACGGGAGCUUUCAAGACAGCUCUCUCAAAAUCCAACUCUCUUGAUAAUCCUGUAGAGAAGGCCUCUCCUGACACCUUGGUGUCGUUCUCAGACGAUGAUGCUGUGAUUUUCAGUAGCUCUUCCUUUGAUUCUAUAGAACACCCUAUCACCAAGAACCACAAGCCUCCUGUUACAAGACAAUCAUCAUUUCACAGAGAGUCCCUCCAGGACAAACGAGCCAUUCCAGUUCAGGGAAUUCGUAUACAAAGGACUAAGGAUUCCCAGGACAAUCUACUCACGGCAACUGCCAUCUCUUACCUCCUGCUUUGGUAUUUCUUUAGCUUUUGCACACUCUUCCUCAAUAAGUACAUCCUAAGUUCUUUGAAAGGCAACCCAGGAAUGUUGGGUUCAGUACAGAUGAUGAUGACGACAAUCUGUGGCUUCAUCAAGAUGCGCGUGCCCUGCUGUCUUUACCGACAUACAGUGAGAGAUGAGAAGCCUCACAAUUUCAAGAGAAAUAUGGUUCUUCUAGGCAUAAUGAGGUUUGCCACUGUAGUAUUAGGUUUAGUAUCGCUGAAACAUAUAGCAGUGUCUUUUACCGAAACGAUAAAGAGCUCCGCCCCUUUCUUCACCGUCGUAUUAGCCAGUGUUGUGCUUCGUGAGAGAACAGGCAUGUGGGUCAAAAUGUCUCUUGUUCCUGUCGUCGGAGGUCUGGCGCUCACGAGCUGCUACGAGCUCAGCUUCACCAUGAUUGGAUUCUCUGCUGCCAUAGCAACAAAUCUUGUGGACUGCCUACAGAAUGUAUUUUCAAAGAAACUCCUAAGCAGUAGCAAGUACAAAUAUAGCCCUCCUGAAUUACAAUUCUACACAAGCACUGCAGCUGUUAUACUACUUAUACCAUCUUGGUAUUUUAUAUUGGAAAUUCCUUUUAAAGAUGGUGCUCCUGAUCAUGUUCUUGUCAUGGCAUUGAUAGUUGAUGGAAUCUUCUUUCACCUUCAAAGUAUUACUGCUUACGCCCUCAUGGGCAGGAUAUCGCCAGUUACUCACAGCGUUGCCAAUACUGUAAAAAGAGCACUCCUCAUAUGGCUCUCCAUCCUGACGUUUGGUAACCCGGUAACCUUGUACAGCGGCAUAGGAACCCUUAUCGUCGUGUUCGGGGUCCUCCUCUACAACAAGGCCCGGGAACAUGAGCAGCUGACGAGGGAAGAGGCGAAAAAUGUCUGGCGCCAGACGCAGGAAGUAGAUUUAUGACAGGGUGACCCAAGGUAGCAAGUAUUGUAGUUAUGAUUAUGUGUUAUAUUGGCACAUUAAUGAUGCCAUUGAAAUUGACCUCCAUUAUUGCCUAUGAAAUUGACAUUGAUAAUUUGGCAGAUGAAAUUGACACUGACAUUGCAAUGUUUAAUUCACAUUGACAUUUUUUAUGUACAAAAUUAUUAUUCUGUGAUAUUGAUGAUUAUGGCUUUAAUGAGAUAAAUCAUUGGCAUGGACAUCUAAACUUACGUUAUUAUGUGAUGAUUAUAUUCAUUUGGCAGUGACUUUGACACUGUCAUUGACACCAACAUUGUCAUUGACAUUGACAUUGUCAUUGACACCGACAUUGUCAUCGUCAAUGACAUUGUGACAGGUGUAUGAUAUAAUGAAUCUGCUUUGUAGUUGCUAUAUACAUAGUCAUUGCCAUUGUCAUACAAUCACCAAAUCCAUACCAGUGCCAUUGGUCAGUAUAAUUUCCUUUCCAAAAUGGCAUGUGGCAUCAUUCAUAUUGUUGGUGUAUAUUUUCAAGACGUUGACACUAUCCAGGGAUGUUUAUACCAUAGAUGUAUACAAUAUUUUUGUACAAAAAUCAACAAAAUAACCACUGCAGAAACUAGCUAUUACACAAAAGCGGAAGAAGUAGAUAUAUUUUGUUCAUGUUUAUGCACAAGCAAGGACGGUUAAUUACAUUUGGUUGUUCGGGGCAUUCUUUUGCAAUUAUUUUCCAACAUUUUGUUUUUAGAAAUAACUUUAUUCUGUAUGCUAGUGUACCUCUGUUCAAUUGAUAUGUAUAAGAUGUUGCAAGGCAGUGUCCAGAACAAGUCAGGCUUGGUUCAUACAUGUAUUAUAAUUAUUAACAAAUACUACUAAUAUACAACAUUAUUAGAAUGGAUUAGACCCAAGUCAGAUCAACUUCUUGUAAACUUCUUCUCUACUCUCUCCUUGUCUCUACUUACAGCUUGUGUAGGCAGUUUUUGUGCACACACAAAGAAAGUUAAUCCCAUUUCUGAAAUACAGCAAAAAUCCAUUAAUUUACAGUAUUUUUUUUUCUGAAAUCAAGUCAGUUUAUACAUUCCUCAGAAGCACUUCAUUUAUACUUAAUUUCUAUCAAUGUCAACAAUCAAAUUAUAUAUAUAUAUAAAUCAAGAGUAUUAAAUGAUAUUUUGUGACCAUGGACCCAUCUUAUAAACAGUAUAGACUAUAGACCCAGGUUUUUUUUUAUUUAAAAAAAUGCUAAUUCUGUUUUUCCCUGGUGUUCUUAACAUCAUGUUCUUUGUUCUUGGGUGACACAUACAAAUAUAAUUAAGCAACUAUUAAAAGUGAAAAUCUCAGAAAAACAUGAGUUCCAAUGCAUAUAAAGUUUGGCAUGUAAAACACUAAGAGCAGGCUUGAUAGGCAGAAUUUUCACUUAUGAAUAAUCUUCUUUUUUAUGUUGCCUCAAUUUUCAUUAUUUUCACUGUACGUAUUUGUUGUAAUUUAAUUAGGUUUUUUUUUGGCCUGAAUAAUUGCAUUUUCCAUGAAUUUUGUGUUCUUGAAUUCUGUGAGGUUUAUAUGUUUUCCUUACUGCAGAAAACUGAGGACUAGUCAAACUGAGAUUGAUUUCAAAUUGUGACAUAUAAGAAUGGAGAUAGAUCUUAAUUUAAUUUGAUUGUAAAUGCAACUCUUGUAUGACUAGCCUAUUUCAUAUUGAAGCAUUAUAUUUUGGGGCCCUAUUUUACAAAGAUUUAUGAUCAAUCUGUAUUGAUCUCAAUAACUGGAAGCUAUAUUUUUCACAAACCUUCAAAUGGCAACUUUCCCUUUAAUAUACUGAAUGAGCAAAACCAUCACCCAUGCACAGUCAAGUUUUUAUCGUAGUAGAGAUAACAGUUUCAAUUGACACAUGCUUUUUAAAUGGUGUCGUUACUGACUUUCCAUAAUUGAGAAUUUGAGAUGUAUUGGAUAAAUAACAACACGUUGUUUUGAUAUAGCAUGAACUGAUAACAUGACCUAGCUAAUUGUAGCCAUUUUUUCCAGGAUCAUUUCUAUAAAAAUAUUUACUGUAGCUCAUUAUACAGAGAAUUACAUCUAUUUGAACCUUCGAAGAGCAUGCCAGCCAAAUAAAAUAUAUAUUGGUUUUUAAUAUGUUUUUUUUUCAGUAACUUUAUGUUAUUGUAGUUCAUAAUGUUUUAGUUUUUAAGAGAGGACUCCUCUCUUGAAUUAGAUUUCAAACCUGCCACUGAUGUCGUGACAAACCUGUCUCAUGUUACAUUUUAAAACCCCUUGUUGAAAAACCUUUUAGAGAAGGAAAUAUUUUCUUGGUACUUACUAAAACUCUACCGCUUCGAUAAUCAGAAAUUAUAACGAAAAUUCUAAAUGAAAUAUACUUAGUCUAUAUGAAGUUAACAUAUUGAUAAUGAUAUUUCCUUUGCGGAGAUGAAGAGAUGAGUGAGACCUUGACAGAUAAUUUUCUCCCUGUUAAUUUAUGAUGUGGAGGAAAAAUAAGUAUUGAUUUCCUUUUGUGUAAAAGAAAAAAUAUUUUGUUUUGAUAUUUACAUUGAUUGUGUUUCUAACGUAUACAAAGUGGUAUCAUGAAAUGAAAUGUUUAUUUUGUCUGUGAAAAUUGAUCAGAGCUGUUAAUUAAAAAUAGUUCCCAUUCCCUUUCUCUUUUCUCUGCAGAAAAUAACACAGUGUCCUACAUUGUGUUUCAUUUGAAAUCAUCUUCACACUGUCACAUUUGAGAAUUAUUUCAGUGUGAAUCACAUAUUCACAUAGUCCACUUUGUGAACACUCUGUGAUCACUCAUAUUGUAAGACAUUUCCACAGUGUGAAAUAAUCACCACACUGUUAGAUUUGAGCAUUUGAACAGUGUGAACACACUAUGAACAUCAACACUGUACUACACUGUUAUUUCUGGACAGCAGGGUUUGUCUUAAUUUGCUUAUAAAUCCUUCUUCGUAUGACCGAAAUCGGAUCUUUGUGGUGUGCUUGCUAAAAGGUAUUUUUCGUUAUUUUUUAGUGUAACUGUAAAAAAUAAAUCAUGCCUCAACAUUUCUAUUUAUGUUGUUUAUGUAUUGUAUAGUAAAUACAUGUAGUUAUCUUGUUACGAUUAUCUGUUGUUAGAAUUAAUUGAUUUUUCAAUCUUGCCAGGAUCAUAUCAUCUCUAAUGUCAUUGACUCAUGUUUUUGUUAUUUAGAUAUGUACAGAUUAGUUAUUUUCUUUUAUUAUGUGUUUUAGAAACACACUUGACGGUAGUACAUGUACAACAAUGGUACUAUUACAAUUCAAUGGUUAUUGUAGAAAAUUUAGUUAUUGAAUAUUCAUCAUCAUUACUCAUUGUUUUUAUGGUUCAUUUGUGCAACACAGAUUGUCGCUGGGCUGUAUAAAGACUUGUAUCUUAAAAUGUUGAGGUCAGCUCAGAAAAUGCUGUAUUUUAGAAUUAUGGCAAUGUUGGCAACCUCAUUAUGAGUGAAAACAGUCUUCUAAUUCUUGUAGAGAACUCUUCCCAGGCCAAAGAAAGUUGCUACUUAUGUCAAAACUCUAAAAUCACAUUUUGCCGAGGUGUCCUCAGAAUGAUUAAUUUUCAUCAGCCCAGCCAUGACAUGUAAAUGAUGUAUAUGUGCAAAAUGGUUAAAUGCUUUCAGUAUAGAUGUUACAGAGAAAGUGAUUUUAUGCUAUUUGCAAGCACUAUUUAGGUUCUCAGUUUUUUUUUAAAUCAGGGAAGUAUUUGGAAAUUUUUUCACUUUUUCUAAUCAGAGAAAAUUUCAGAGAAUUUAUCAUUUGAUGUUAUUGUUAAAUACCCUCUACUAAACUCUAUGGCCCAUAUUCUGAACUCCAGUCCAGUUUAAGUUAUAUCAUAGUCUAAAUCUGGGCUGGAUUUAUAUGGAAAACUCUAAGCGUCAAACAUUUUUAACACCCUUUGCUUAGAACUGUAUAUUUUGUCUGAAGGAUAGCAGCAAUGGAAAUCUCUACUUUGAUUGAUGAACAGGCUUAGUCCUACAACAAAAGUAUGUGUGUUUAGUGGGAUCUCUCCUAUCAUUCAAUUGCGAAGGAAACUAUUUAUCCAUC